GGAAGCAGGUCGCUGCUUUAUCCUGUUAACUCCAAACCAAAACAUAGGGGAUGUUUUCGUGUUAAAUCGCCAAGGAAUCGGAAAUAAUCUUAGAUAUCACUGUGACUCUGUCCGGUCAAGUUAGCUGUUAGUCCCUCUGGGCUUGACAGAAGACUGAGAAGCAGCUACACUGCUAAACAGCUGAACGACUGAGAUGGAGGACCCUGGUGGUACCGGAGGAGAGUCUGCGGCUCCAUCUCCUGCAGGUGCAGCCAAGUCAAAGCUGGACACGCUGUCCAAAGAUGACCUCAUCAAGUUUGCCAAGAAGCAGAUGGCUGCCAUGCAGAAGAUGAAGAGCAGGUGUGCAGAUUUGGAAAAAGAAGUUGAAUCCUUCAAACAGCAAUCCAAAAUCAGUAACAGCAGUCCUGAUGACUCCACACUGAUACAGGAGCUGACUGAGAGGAUGGAUGCCUUACUGCUGGAGAAGGCAGAAACUCAACAAAGCCUUACACUGUCUCGUAAAGAUCUAGAAAGGACUAAGCAGCAAGCCAAGGAUGAUCUAGCGGUGCUGCAAGGACAGCUUGACCAUCUAAUAGAAGACCACCAAAGGCAGAUCAAGACCCUAGAGAGCAGUAUUGAAGAAUCUAACAAUAAACAUCAAGAGGAAGUGACUUAUUUCCAGAAAUUACUGAAAGAGCGAGAAGAGAGUGACAGGGAGAGGGAGAGAGAGAGGGAGCGCCAAGCUGAACACGCCAGUGCUAAAGAGAGCGCCGAAGAAGUCCGCUGUUGCUUAGAAGUCCAGCUGCAAACAAUUCGAGCUGAACUGGAAGCGAUCCAAGAGAUAAAAUCCCAGGAGACUGCUGAGCUACAGGAGAGCCACCAAAGGGAGUUGACAGAGGCCCAGCAGGAGGUGGAGAACCUGAGGGAGGAGCUGGCUCAGAAGAGUCUGCAGCACGAGGAGGAAAUGAGGGCUCUGGAGGAGGACUUUGAGAUCGAGAGGGAGCGUCUCCUGUUGCUCCACGAGGAGCUGACGGAGCAGCUCGCUCUCAAAGAUAGCUAUCUGCAGGAUGUGCAAGAGGAAGAUGAGGAACCUGCCCGUGGUUCAGGUAUCGCCAAAAUGCUGGAGCUGUCUGGCUUAAGUCAGGGCGACUCCAGCCAUGGUGAUGGAGAGGAGACAGAGACCGGCAGACUGAGAGCAGCUUUGGAAGACCUUCAAGCCCAGAAUACCAUGUUACAGGAUGAGCUCACCCUGCUCAGUAAUGUGAAGAUCGAGUUGGAGGCAGAGCUGGAGAGGGCCAAGGAGGAGUUCCAGAUGGAGAGAGAAGAGCUGGAGUUCAAAAUCAAUGAGCUCCAGAUGGGCAGGGAAAGUCCCCCCACUGACCCUGUAGUGACCCUUGAUCCUGACCAAGAAGAGGGCCAAGGAGACACCAAAGAGUCAGCAGUGAACCCAGAGGAGCAGCAGAAGCUGAACCAGAAGCUGAGGGACCAGUGUGAGGCCUUGACCAGAGACAGAGACUCUGCCCAGGCUGAAUGUCAACACAUGAGGGACAUACUACAAGGUGUGGAGACAGAACUGGGUGAGAAGACGAAAGAUUUUGUUCUUCAGUACAGAGCCAUGAAGGAGCAAGGGGCUAAUACUGUACGAGAACUCCAAGACAAGCUCGAACAACUCAGCCAUGAGAGAGAUGGACUGUUGGUUCGGCUCAAAGAGGUUACAGAGGAGGAAAACACUCGGACGGAGAAUAUGACAGACCAGAAGCUCAUGCCUGAAGGUUCCCGAAGUGAGGACCAGAAACUCCAGGCAUCUGUAGACGAACAAACAACUUUAGCCUGUGAGCUGAAGCAAUCUGUGGAGGAGCUAACCCCGCAGAAUGAGGAGAUCCUCUCCCAAAUGCAAAUGAACGAAAAGAUGAUUAAGGACCUUAAAGAGAUGGUCAACACACUGACUGAAGAGCGAGACAAAAUACGAUCCCUACUUCAGAUGCGGGAAGAGGAAACGCAAAAGCUGAACGAUGAGAGAGCAAAAGAAUUUGAGAGGCUGCUGGAAGAGAAAGAGAAAGAGGCAGUUUUGCUGAGAGGAGAGAAGGAAAAGGAGCUGAAAGGCUUGAAAAAAGAGAAGGAGGAUGAACUGCAACAUCUGAAAAAAGAGAGGGAAAAGAUAGAAGAGCUCCUGAAAGAGGAGUUAGAACGAAGGCAGGAGACAGUUUCAGCUUUAGGGCUGACUAUCAAAGAGCUCUCCACAGAAAACGCUGACCUCCAUCAGAAACUGGAAGAGGCAUCCUCGGGGCUUGCCAAAGCCCAGGAAGAGAGGGAGCUAUUGGGCUCCAAGCUGGCCGCCCUGGAGGUUCAGCUGGAGCAGGAGACGUCUGAAAAGCAUCACCUAGAGGUCAAGCUGAACUCAGUGGCAGAGGAGGCAGAGCAGGUCCGCACCACCAUCAGGGCUCUGGAAGGAAAUCAGAAUGAAGUUGUCAAAAAUUGUACCGAGAAGGCUGAGGAGCUCAGAGCACGCGUAGAUGAGCUGGAAAAAGAGAGAGAUCUUUUGAGGAGUAGUCUUGAAGAGGCUCAAGGGGAGAGAAGAAUAGAGGAGGCACAAAAGGAGCUACAGGCCCACAUCAAAGAUCUGGAACAGGAGAGGAACAUGUUGAGAAACAACCUGGAGGAGGUGGUGAAGGAUACCGAAGGGCUGCAAAAAGACCUGCUGGAUAUGAAGUCAGUCAGUGAGAAGAUUAGUGAGGAGAACCAGAAACUGCAGGCUCAAAUUUCUCUGAUGACUGAAGAGAAAGAAGAGAAGGAGAAAGGGGAAAUGGAGACUAUGGAGAAAGAGAGAAGAGAAUACAGAGAACAGCUGACGGAGAAAGACUCACUCAUAUCUCAGUUGAGGAGCGAGAUGGCUGCUCUCCAGGAGUCUGCUGCCCAGUCUGCUUCCUCUGAGGAAAAUGUAGCAAAUGAGACCACAAAGAAAAUAGGGUCCCUGGAGAAAGAAAACAAAGAAAAGGACGAGAAGAUGAACAAGAUCAAGGCGGUUGCUGUCAAAGCAAAGAAGGAGCUGGACAUCAGUAAGAAAGAGGUUGCAACCCUCAAGGAGGAAGUAGAAUCACUGAAAGCAGAGAGGGAGAAAGUGAACAGCUCCAUGAAAGAUAUCAUCCACGGUGCUGAAGGCUACAAGAACCUGCAGAUAGAUUACGACAGGCAAACAGAGCAACUGGAUAAGGAGAGAGAGAAGGUGGAAGCGGCAGAGAGACAGAUUGCGGAGCUGACCAAACGACUCAGCAGUGCUGUCACACAGAAGGAGACACUGAGCAGUGAGAAAGAGGACCUGCUGGCUUGUAUGGAUACCAUUAGGAGCACAGUGAGGCAGCUGGAGGCCCAGAACCAGGAGCUGCAAAGACAGUCAGCCAGUCUGGACAAAGACCUGCUGGCUGAAAGAGCUAUGAAAGAACAGAAGAUCAAGGACUUGUCAUCUGCCAUGAAGGAGGUAGAAGAGCUGACAGGCCAGCUCCGCAAGCAGCAGCGGGAGUCUCAGCAGACUGCCCAGGAGCUGGAGCAGCUACGCAAGGAGGCGCAGCAGAACUCACUGCUGGACAUGGAAAUGGCUGACUACGAGCGUCUGGUGAAAGAACUGAACGCCAAACUCUCAGAGAGAGAUGAGUGUGCUGAGGAGUUAAAGACCCAGAUAAACACAUUCACACAGAAAGAGGACACACUCAAGCAGGAAAUCGAGGUUUUGAAGUCCCAGCUGGACCAGGGGGAGGAGAAGACCUCCAAGAUGAAACAGCUGCUGGUGAAGACCAAGAAGGACUUGGCUGAUGCCAAGAAACAGGAGAGCUCCCUCAUGAUGCUGCAGGCUUCUCUGAAAGGAGAGCUGGAGGCUAACCAACAGCAGCUAGAAAGCUCCAAGAUCGAGGUGUGCGAGCUGAUGGCGGAGUGCCAUCGUCUGCAGGAGCAGCUGAGGUCUGCGUUGGAACAGCAACAAAGAACCAGCAGCUCCCUGCAGCAACGCAUCAACAGCCUGCAGCAGGAGAGAGACGCCGCUAAGGCUGAGUUUGUGGCAACAACAGGCGAGUUUGAGAGUUACAAGGUGCGAGUUCACAAUGUGCUCAAACAGCAGAAGAGCAAAACCACUGCUCAGAGUGAAGGAGACUCUGGCAAACUAGAGAGGGAGCAGCUGUCCUCCCAGGUAGAACAGCUGAUGUCCAGGCUGGCAGAAAGCCAGCAGCGUCUCCAGAGCAGCGCAGCAGAGCUCCAGCAGCUCCAGACUGAACACGACACUCUUCUGGAGAGACACAAUAAAAUCCUCCAGGAAACUGUUAGCAAAGAGGCAGAGCUCCGCGAGAGGAUACUGUCGGUGCAGUCGGAAAACGUGGCACUGCGGUCGGACCUGUCCCAGGCUCAGGCUGACCUGUCGUCUCAGGUGGAGACCCAGCGCCAGACAUACAGGGAGCAGCUGAGGAAGCUGCAGGAUGACCACCGAACCACUGUGGAGACCCUGCAAAGCCAGCUGACCCGUGUUGAGGAGCAACUCUUCAACCUGCAGAGCCAGAGCAGUGUAGUGUUGGUCCAGUCCAGCCGUAAGCCUCUGGCAUCAGACCUUCAGCGCAGAAACACAGAUGUAAACCAGGCAGGGCUGGGACUAGUGGCCAUCCAUGACCUUCAGUCUAUGGCCAGGGAAGAGGGUGAGGGUAUGGAGACAACUGAGAGUGAGAGCCCCUCUCCUGCACUUACACCCCUACCUUCUCUGGAGCAGCUUCUCACGUCUCCGGAUCCCAAACAAGAGCCAUUUGUGUGGACGGUGGAGCCUACCAAGGAAGAGCUCAGUCAGAAGCUGACCACAGCCACCCGCAGCAUGGAGCAUAUGAACGGCCUGCUGCAUGAAACUGAGGCCACCAAUGCUGUUCUCAUGGAGCAGAUCACUUUGUUGAAGAGUGAAGUGCGUCGUCUAGAGCGAAACCAGGAGAGGGAGAAGAGCGGGGCCAACCUGGAGUAUCUGAAGAACGUGCUGCUGCAGUUCAUCUUCCUGCGAUCUGGCAGCGAGAGGCAGGCGCUCCUGCCAGUUAUUCACACCAUGCUGCAGCUCAGUCCAGAGGAGAAAAGCAAACUGGCUGCCAUUGCGCAAGGUGAGGAGGAGGGGUCCGGGUCUCGGGGCUCAGGCUGGACCUCCUAUCUACACAGCUGGUCUGGAAUCAGAUAGACUUGAUGAUCAAGCAACUCAGCAAAAACACUGGGAGCACAAUGCCAAGAUGUUACUGGCCUUUUUCUGUGAAAACCUGAACAAAGCAGUAAUGCUGUACAUUCAGAACGGUAGCAAAUGACUGGGAGAUUAACUGGGGCAUUUACAUAUUUUUUGGGACACAAUAGAAUGGCGGAAGGGACGGGAUAGAGGUGAAACCAAAACAUUUGAGAUGAGUAUUGAUUGGACUAGCAGUGCAAUAGGUACAUUAGUCUUCUUACUAAUGAAUGUUAACUGUGACAUAGUUCUGUCUUCCAUAUUCGCACUAUUGACAUGUACCUGUAUUUAUAACAUUUACUGGACAUGGUUACACUUCCUCGAAGUGGAGCUCAUAAGGCAUUAUAAAGCAUCAUUAUCACAAUGAGAAUAUUGUGAAUGGAUACAACACAUCAGGUAUAUCAUGUUGUAAGAACAACAUUGUAUAAUACAUAUGAUCUGCACAAAUGAAGGGGGAGGAGUUAAUCAAGGGUAACUGUAGUUAAUGGCAUCAUGUGAAUAUGAUAUUCAGAUGUUUGAUUACUUUGAAAGAAGAUUUAGCUCACACUUCUAAUGGGCUUGUACUAGGUAGCGAAGUAAACUUCAAGGACUCUACUAGUGUUUUAGCUCUUUUGGUACAAAUAACACACAUUCUUUAUAUUUCUUUCAACUGAUUUUAAGGGCAUACUUAGGUGUUAAAGACUUUUGAAUGUGUUUUCACUACUAUUCUUUGUAGUAUGAAAAUCAACACGAAACUUGCUCAGUACAUCAGCGUUACUCGUUGUCUGCGAGGUAAAAACAAAGAGAUUAAGUAACUUUUAUUGCAAUGUGCUUUAGAAAACAAUCAGCAGAAUAUUUGAUUUAAUUAACUAUCUAGAGCAUACUAAACCACUGGUGUGGUCCAUUUAAGUCUUUUCAGUGUGUCUAUCAUCAAAUCACCUCAGAUACAAAGAAGUGCAUAUCUUACAUUAUCAGGUUCACCUAACCAAAAUGACUGACAGAAUAUUAUCAUAUAGUAUCAUAUAUAGUAUAUUUUCACUUUUUCUGACUGAUUUAGCACUUGUUCACCAUUGCCUCAAAUCUGAAAUGAGAAGCAGUUAAAUUUUUCAUUCAUUGAGUUGUGGUUAAUCAUAUCCUGUAGUGAUGGAUGGUUUGGAAUUUUGUUUUGGUUUCUCUGUAAUUUGUUGCUACUGUUUGGUUAUAAAUAAUAACCACCACAACAAACCAUUAUUUUCAUGGUUUCCAUUUCUGUGACAUCUGACCUCCCUGUUGAGAUUGGGGGGGGGGGCACAUAAUGCUGCACAGAAGUCCCCCUUCCCCAAAAACACAUACCCACACACUUUUCCAUUACACGAAUACAUUUUUGCUCAAGUCCUACCGAUGAUGAAGAUGAUUGGCUUGUUCGUUUUCUCAUUCCGAUUGCAGCUUUUGUUUUUUUUUCUUUUUUUGGGAUUCCUUCAGCGUGAGUGAAUGUAUUUUUAUCCGAGGCUUUUAUAUUUAUCGUGGUUAAUGUCAGCAGAGGCUGUAAGAGAUUACAGGAAUUAUAACAUAUUAUCUGUAGAAGAGCGACACAGCAUGUACCGUAUAUGAACUAGUUCGCUGGUUAACACUUAGUACUGAAGUUUCUGCUGAGAACUUUUCAUGAGGCAACAACUUAUUUCAGAGAAAUCUCUGUGUUUUUUCUGGUUUAUUUCUAACUGUAAAGAAAAAUAAAAUCAAG